AUGGCAAAUGAUAAACAUUCGCAACAUCUUCCAGAUGGUGAACAUUUCGACAUAGUAACUACCACAACAUCCAAGAAUGAUAGCAACAUUACACUGGUAUGGGUAGACGAAGAAGCCAUGAAUUUAGCGUCACCUAAAUAUCGAGUUACAAUUGAUAUGCUCCAGAAAAUAUGCGGUAAUAAUUAUAAGUUGUAUGAUUGUGUGGAUUUGUUCCUUAUUGAAGUUGAAUGUAUGACUAAAACAAUGAAAAUCAUAGUUGUGAUGUCUGGAUUAUUUGCCAGUAGUAUUCUCCCUAAGUUAUCUGCAUCUUUAUUACGAGAACUCUCAUCAAUAUUUAUAUUUUGCAAAGAAUACGAUGAAUAUAAAUAUUUACUUAAAAAGUGUCGAAAAAUAAUUGCUAUUUGCAGUGAUGAUCAUUCAUUAAAGAAGGCCAUUGAGAAUGAAUUACAGUCACCAACAGAUUUCGUUAUCAUGAAUCAAAAUUUAAUACCCAUAUUUAGUUUAAAAGAAGAAUAUCAAGACUUUUUGUGGUACAAACUUCAUAUAGAAGUAUUGACCCACUAUCCAUGGUCAAGAGAUAAUACACAAAAAAUGCUCAUGAAGUAUGGAGUUACUGCUGCUGGAGGACAUGGAUCAGGCAAUGCUACCAAUCAACUCAGCUUCCCUUACGGUAUAUUCGUUGAUGAUAAUCAAACGAUCGUUAUCGCUGACUGGGGCAACGAUCGCGUGAUGCAAUGGAGAGUGAAUGAUACGGACGGACAAGUGGUUGCUGGUGGUCAUGGAGCAGGAAAUCGACUGGAUCAAUUGAAAGGUCCAAGCGAUGUGUUGAUCGACAAAGAAACGAAUAGUCUCAUUAUUUGUGAUCGAUGGAAUGAACGAGUUGUACGAUGGUCUCGUCAGUAUGGAACAACUGAGGGAGAAAUCCUCCUUGACAACAUCUUCUGUUUCGGAUUGUUUAUGGAUGAUCAAAGAUAUCUCUACGUAUCUAACACUGAGAAAGAUGAAAUCAGACAAUAUCAAAUAGGUGACAAGAAUGGAACUGUCGUGGCCGGUGGUCAUGGCAACGGUAAUGGUCUCAAUCAACUCAGCAAUCCAUACUAUUUCUUUGUUGAUCGACAACAAAAUGUUUAUGUGUCAGACAGUGGCAAUCAUCGUGUAGUAAAAUGGAAUAAAGAUGCUAAAGAAGGACUUGUCGUCAUUACAAGUGAAGCCACAGGAGAUGCUAUAUGGCAGUUGGGGAUACCUGAAGGACUGUUCAUCGAUACGUUGGGUAUCCUCUAUGUAGUAGAUGAACGCAAUGAUCGAGUGAUGCGCUGGUCUAAUACAACGACACGAGGCACUGUUAUUGUAGGUGGAAACGGCCAAGGAGAAGAAGCAAAUCAAUUUAACACUCCCGAUGAUUUGUUCUUCGAUGGAUACGGUAAUUUUUAUGUCGUUGAUAGCGGAAAUAACCGUGUGCAACGUUUCUCGAUCGACUAG